ACUCGCAGUCGAUUUGGGUAAGAGUUCGACACAGAAGAGUCGAUUAUUGGAACUAAUGACGCAAGGAUGUCCGUGUCCAAAGAACACGGCCAAGGAGCGAUGGUUCUUCACCAACCAGCACAUCAUUUUGGGCUUAGCCAAAGUUUUGGAGCGUCCGCCCAACGCAGUGUCUGACUUUUUGUACCUGCUAACCCUGCAGAAUUUUAGCCAGAUCAUGAAACCCGUGAUGCCACCUGGAAAUCAUUGCAAAGUGCCGCUUGUUUUUCCGAACUCUUGCGAAGACUACAUGCGCCUUUUUGACACGCAGGGAAACAUCAGGAGUCGCUUCAGCCAUGACAGCCUGAUGCUUUUGAUGCGUGUCAUGCAGGCCUGGCUAAGAAAGGGAGCCCAUAGUAACAUAAAGCCGUUCGAUCCCUGUUUCGAAGGCACACAAUGCAGGCAACGCAACGGCAUAAAGACCAGGAAAGUGGGCAUCGAUCGUGAUUCUAUGGCUCAUCGAAAUGGCAGGAGGCGGUUGCAAGAGUCGGACGCUAGAGCCUGUUUGGUCCGGUCUAAGCUAAUAGGUUACUCCGCAAAUGGUUGUGACUAUUCUGUGGCCCAAGGAAGUUCCUUGCAGGGAAAGUUGUCGAGCGGCGAUCCUGGCUAUGUCUUCGGAACACACUUUUCGCCCAGGGAUUCGAACGGCUGGCAUCAGGACGACCCACCUAGCCACCUAAGAAAACUCGAUGGCCCCGAGGAUGAGCUGGCAGCAGAGCGAGCCAGGCGUCUUGAAGCCCUGCUCGUUCAGCUCAAUGAAAGGACUUACCUCACUCGCGACGCAGGUGCACUGAUAAGAGCAAUCAAGGAUAUUAAAGUAGGAAUACCGGCACGAAAAAAAGUCAAGUCUGCUAUUGACAACAGCGUCAAGCUAAUAUCCGAUAGCUACUACAAAAUGCUUAGGGAAUCUGCCACAAAAUCACGCCUGAAGAAUGCCUUAGUGCAAGGGAAGGACUCCUCGCAAGAAAGGCAUAAGAAAUCAAGCCCUAAACAUGAACCAGAAGAUAAGUCGGACGUACCCAGCGAUCCCACUAACAAGGUAUACUACGGUGCUCAGAUCCCCGUGCUCAUGCAUGAGCCCUACAGCCAGGACAAGCCUUGGACCUAUAUGCGUCGGCACCCGCACCAGAUGCGAAUGGACUACAAGGGCAGCAUUGUAGAAGGCAAAAACAUUCGUCGCUACCGGCGCUCCACCAUUGCUGGGCAGAUGGAGCAGGCCCGGGCCCUAGGCGCAAUAUACUCCACUUAUUCCUUGGAAAAGGACAUCAAUGCCAGCGCGACUGAUGUGCCCAUGUUCGGUAGAAGGAGCGUAGUCAGAAAAUCCCUAGCCUCUGUAAAGAGUGAAAGCAAUCGGCGGUAACUUUUCUCUUAGAUUCGAUAACAGCUAAUUAUUGCAUCUCAAUUCCAUUCAGAAGAAUAUCAAAAUUGUAAUCGAUAAAGUAAUGUCAUGGCCAUCUCAAGUAAUAAGUAUUAUUAAGAGUUGUAAAAUAACUUGUCAUUAAGCAAAAUACUCAAACUAAUUUUAUUUCUAA